AUGUUUGUUUUAGUGAUUUUGUGCUUGGCGCGCGGUCUUUUGAAGAACAACUAUUGUCUCACCCAGCGCCUCAAUCUUCUUCUGCCAAUAGAAAACAUUGAAACAGAAAAAUGGAAACACGGAUUUUUUGAAGAGGCAGGCCUUGUAUUAAAAUCUUUUCUUCCCAUUUUUUUUAUCUAUCUAUCUAUCUAUCUAUCUAUCUAUCUACCUAUCUAUUCUUGUUUGUGUCUUUGUAUCAACUUCUUUUUAUUCUUCUUACCUUUCUUACAAACUUCCUAUUUACUUCUGUUCUUUUCUUUCUUUCAUUUUUCUAUUAACUUCCUUUUAUCUCUCUUGUUUUCCCCUUCACGUUUUCUUCCUUUUUCUAUUCACUUUCUUCUUCUUCUUUUAUUUAUUUACUUACUUAUUUCCCUUGUCUAUUUGUUUUGUUCUUUCUGCUUAUUUUUGUGGUUUUCUUUUUCUGUUAUAUUUCGCCAUCUUUGUCAAUCUUUCUUUUCUCUUUUGAGUUUUUCUUUUUCUUUCUUUCCUUCUUCUAUUUUACUUUUUUUCAUGCUUGUAUUUUUCUUUCUUUUUCGCGUGUGCCUUUUUUUCUUAAUUUUUUUCUGUUAUAUUUCUUUUUUCCUAUUCAAUUUUAAUCUUUUUUCUUUUGAGUGGGUUUCUUUCUUUCUUUCUUUCUUUCUUUUUUUUCCACUCAUUGGAAUACAUUUUACUUUUUUUUAUUUAUUCUUUUUUUGGUUUUUCGUACAAUAA